UAGUAGAAUCGUAAUGGUUUCCAGCUUCUUGAUAUUGGAGAACCGAGCCCGAGAGAAAUUGGCACGAAGAAGGCUCUAUGUGCAUUGCCUCAAGAGAGAAAUUUGGAAUUCUCUUUCAUUCUCCUUUUGGCAAUGGUUUGAUAUUACGCUUGCUAGACAGUCUUUCAUCAAACGAUUCGACAAGUGCCUUAAAUGUGGAACGGACAGCAGAAUUAGGGAGCUCUGUACAGAGGUUGCUAAAGCAAGGCCAAUGCGAAGCAGAUCUUUCUCCAAUUUCCAAUUGCUUUCCAAGAACGAAUUGAUUGUUUGCGCGGAAUCUUCAAGAUUUCACCAUGUGACUCAGUAUCGGAAGAAAAUUGACGUAAAUGAUUUUCAUGACGAAAGAGGUUCUGGGGCGUGGCCUUUGUUUAAUCACGAGUAUGUCAAGAAGCAUGACAGGGACCUGUCAAAGUCAUCAAUUCCAAUUUUCGAAGAUAUUGUCAAUGGGCUGCGCUCCAGCUUACAUGCGGUGCCGAAUGCGGAGGGAAAUCUGCUCCGAAGAGUGAAGCAGCUUGAAAGCGAAAAUGAUAAAUUGCUUCUGCAAUUGACGGCAACGAGGAUGAUUCGUUGCUAGGCUCCGGUCAAAAUCUAUGGAAGUAGAGGUCAAAGUUCUAG